AUGGCCGAACACGAUCAGCUGCUACCGGCGCCCAUCGAAAUCCCCGGUCCCACCUCGCCGCAGUCGAGCCUGCUUGCCGGACGACAGCGCUACCUCCUCUUCCCGCAGUUCACGCUCGAGUCCGGCGUGACGCUCACCAACGUCCCCAUCGCUUUCAAAACAUGGGGAACGCUUGCUCCCGAUACCAAGGACAAUGCGCUCGUCGUGUGCCAUGCGCUCACCGGCUCGGCGGAUGUCGAAGACUGGUGGGGUCCGCUGAUGGGGAUCGACAAGGUGUUUGACUAUUCACGCUUCUUUAUCGUGUGCUGCAACGUGCUCGGUAGUCCGUACGGCUCGGCGAGCAGCUGUACACAGGCAGGUGGAGAAUCGGAUUGGGCACAUGCGCUACAGCACGGUACACUGCCAGACAUGGCCAAGCAAAAAGCAGAGUGGCAAGGACAUGGCUGGUGGGGGCCUGAAUUCCCGGCUACCACGGUGCGCGAUGAUGUGCGAAUCCAAAAGCUGGUGCUCGAGUAUCUGGGAGUCGAAAGCGUCGCAGCUGUUGUUGGUGGAAGCAUGGGUGGAAUGGCGGUGCUCGAGUGGCCGUUGAUGUUCCCGACGCGUUGGCCGGGCGAGCGAUCGUCGACGCAACGCUACAUCCAAGCGUUGGUGCCGCUCGCUACGUCGGCUCGUCAUUCUGCAUGGUGUAUCUCGUGGGCUGAAGCGCAGCGCCAGUCGAUCUACUCGGAUCCUGCGUUCAAACACGGAUACUACGAACCGCACCAGCCGCCGAGAAACGGGCUGAGCGCCGCAAGAAUGGCCGCGUUGCUCACCUACCGCUCCAGGGAAAGUUUCGAGUCCAGAUUCGGCAGGAGACUCGGCACCGCGUUGAACGGCGGCGGUGCUGCACCACUACCCAACGCUCUACCGACCAAGCCAGACCAGGAGGCGGCGCAACUCGCCGAUCAGCGUCGAAGGACGAGUCUCGCACAAGAUGCAGCCGCCGCGCACAACGAAGGCAACCUUUCGCCGCGUGUCGCACCAUACGGAGCCAACUCGUCGUCGGCUAACGGCACCGCUAACGGCAGCUACUUUGCGCACUCCACGCGCACCAAUACCAGCCACAGCACUGCGUCCUUGUCGCCUGCAGCUACAUCGCAAGCUGCAACGCAAACACGCGAGCCAACCGAGCCAUGCGACCAAGCGGUCGUGCGCACUGCGCCGGUGGCUCGAUCCUCGACGUUGGCGCCAAGCACACGCACGUCGCUGAUCGAGGCAUUCAGCCCGUCGAGCGCACCACAGAUCUUCUCGGCGCAGUCGUACCUGCGCUACCAGGGCGACAAGUUCGUGCGGCGCUUCGAUGCCAACUGCUACAUCCAUCUGACGCGCAAGAUGGACUCGCACGAUGUCGCACGUUCGCGCUACGCGUGGGAUCCGACCACCACCCCGCCACGUCGCGAGGUUGGCGAGAAGCCCGAGUCCGAAGACGACCAGGAUGCAGCUCUACUCAAUGUACUUGGCUUCCUCUCGUCGUCCAUGGCUACCGCUCCCAGUGUGCUCGUCGUCUCGAUUCAGAGCGACGGCCUGUUUGCGCCGCCAGAACAAAUGCUCAUCCACCAACUCAUUCAGGGAAGUCACUUUGUCAGCAUCAACAGCUCAGACGGCCACGACGGCUUCUUGCUCGAGUUCGACCAGAUCAAUCUUCAGGUUGGCCACUUCUUGACGCGCGUCCUUUCGCACAUAUAUCAGAGACGCCCUUCACCCGAUGCGUCGCUCCCGCAGCUUGUCGCCAACAAACACUCCGUCUUUGGCGAAAUCGAAGACGUCACCAGGUGGUAG